CCACCGUCUCACACCAGUUAAGCCCCUCAGUUUUUGAGUAUCCCCCGGACCUCAGAUCUCGCUUUAUUUUCGCAGGAUUUCGGUCUCGAAUAUUUUAAACCCCUCUAAUUUCGAACCCUAUUACUGUAUCAAAAUCUCGUGUUAGCUCCGAUGGUCGUCUGCAAAUGUCGGAAGGCGACCAGGAUUUAUUGUUUCGUGCACAAGGUUCCAGUUUGCGGAGAAUGCAUCUGUCUUCCUGAGCACCAGAUUUGUGUGGUAAAAAAUUACUCUGAUUGGGUAGUCAAUGGAGAGUAUGACUGGCCUCCUGACUGUUCCCUAUGUCAUGUUGUGAUUGAAGCUGGAGCAGAAACUACUCGACUGGGUUGCUUGCAUGUUAUGCACACUAGUUGCCUGGUGUCACAUAUUCAAAGUUUUCCUCCUCAAACAGUGCCAGCAGGAUAUGUGUGCCCUGCAUGUUCUUCUCCUAUAUGGCCCCCAAAAAGCAUUAGAGAUACGGGAUCUCGCCUUCAUUCGAAGUUGAAAGAAGCAAUAAUCCAGAGUGGCUUGGAGAAAAAUAUUUUUGGAAAUCAUUUGGUUUCGUUACCAACAGUACAGUCCCUUGCUUCUCCUCCAGCUUUUGCUUCAGAUCCGCUUGCCCACGUAUCUGGUGUUGGUGUCGAAGAUGGAGAGAAAUAUGGUUCCAUUUCAGUGGAUAUUAAUAGAUAUCCAACUUUACCAUCUUCUGCUACGGGGUCUUCUAAAAAUUCAGAAUCAGAGAUAGUUGAAAUUGAUGGUCCCAGUCCUUUAGAGAACCAAUUUGUAGCAGAUCAAGAUCCAAAAUUCAAGAAAAGCGAGAGCCUUGCUGGUCCUGGUGCCACUGCAAGAAAGGGGCCACACCAUGUGGACAGGCAAUAUUACGAAACGUCAUAUUAUGCAGAUGAUGAAGAUGUAACAAGUAAAAAAUAUACCAGAAGAGGUUCUUUCCGGCAUAAGUUCUUUAGGUUCCUGCUUCCAUUCUGGUCCAGUGCACUUCCAACUCUACCUGUGACAGCGCCUCCACGCAAAGACAGAAGUAACCCAGAUGAUGUUCCAGAAGGGCGCUUACGGCACCAAAGAUCAUCCAGGAUGGACAUCAGAAAAAUCUUAUUUGCCAUGGCAAUCAUGGCAUGUUUGGCAACAAUGGGCAUACUGUAUUACCGAUUGGCCCAAACUCUUGGUGAUGACGCAGCACAAGAUGAGCCUUAAUGAGCAGGUGACUAUUAAUUUGUGCUUUGUUCGGAAAGCUCAAACCAUCAAAUUGUAGCUAGAAAGGUUGCUCUUACCUUAUGUUUCAUCCAAGAAGCACUGAGAAUAACGUUUGUUUCAACGGUGAUCUUCUCACGGAAUGCAUUGCUAUACACAUGGCCCUCUUGUGUUAAAAAAUCGAGUCAUUAAAAUUCUUUUGGAAUCAAUACAGGGAUUACAGAGUGCUUCGAGGUGGUUGAUUUUUUAUUUUUAUUUUUUUCUUCCAUAAGGAUUGCUGUGUUAGAGAUGUAAAGUUUGGUGCUAUUCACUUAAAAUACUUCUUCAAACAGAAGCCGUGUACAUUGUUUCGUUCUGCUGAUGCGAGAUGCAUCUAGAUUUCUUACUGAGGACAAUUAAGAGAUUUAUAUUCUGAAGUUAUGUUUUGCUUGAUUA